UGCAUGCGAUACUGCUGAAAAGGGCUGGGGGAUGCGUUUAGAAAUCAUCGUUUUGGGGGGAAAAGUAUAAAGAGGUGAAAUGAAGAGCUACUUUUACUUCAGGUGAUGCAUUCAAGGGGAUUUUCUACAUGAAGGAUGCCAUCAUACAGGAUAAAGCAUGCUCAAGUACCAGAAUUUCGCUGACAGUUUGGACAGACUUGUGUCCUCAGAUUUCUUUUAUCUCUGCCAAAAACUAUUUCAAAACAUUUGUUUUAAAAAAGCAACCAAGUAAAUUAUGUGAAUGGACUAUUUUUCCCACUUUGUAUAACCACAUGGACCGUGUUUUUGUACUGAAGAAUGUACGAGGUUCAUGCUGAGCGAAUAGAUCUACUAGUCAGAAGUGUGAAGGUAACCAGCCAAAGGAAAAGAGGACAGUGAGGAUCGGGUCCAAGAUGCUUCAGACUGGAAACUACUCACUGGUGCUUCUAAUCCAACUGGUUUUGCUGGCCUAUGACCUCUUUGUUAAUUCCUUUAGUGAACUUCUGAGAGGAGCUCCUGUCAUCCAACUUGUGCUUUUCAUCAUCCAGGACAUUGCCAUCUUGUUCAACGUCAUCAUCAUCCUCCUGAUGAUGUUCAACACCUACGUCUUCCAGGUCGGCCUUGUGUCUGUGCUGCUGGGCAGAUUCAGGGCUCUGCUCCUUUUCUCCGCUCUCUACCUGACCCUCAGCAUCUGCUUCCACUGCUGGGUGUUGAACCUAAGAUGGCUCGACUCGAACCGUUUUGUGUGGACAGAUGGUCUUCUGGCUCUCUUUGUUUUCCAGAGAACAGCGGCUGUGUUGUACUACUACUUAUACAAGCGCACAGCAGAGCACAUGGGGGACCCGAGGCUGUAUGAGGACUCUAUGUGGCUGCGUGAUCAAUUUGCCAGAGCUCGUCAGUGACAACGGGACAGUGUUGAGAGAAACAAUAAAGGCUCCUUUUGGAAACUGCCAUCUGACAAGACUGGGCAUGCACACCAGUGACUGAUAUCUGAAUGAUUUCCUUAGAUUUUAUGUCUGUAAUGAAUUGCCAUUGAGCAGAGAUUGAACUCACACUCUGUUAGUGAAUGACUCAAAGUUUCACAGUUUGUUUUAACUGGCGCCUCAAAGUGAGGCAGAUAGGCAGUUAAAUGGUUUACACUGGCAGGCAAGCCAAGGAUGGCACAUGUAGUAUAGUAUUAAUCAGGAUUGAGCCUGUUAAUCUUUGUGGCCUUUUAUAAACAAUCUACUACACACUUACUGCAAACGAAAGAAUGAAAAAAGUUUGGCCUGCCUUAAUUCAUUUUAUGUUUUGUACCCAUCAACUCUAAGAUGUAGACCUUGUCCAUUUGGUAGAAUUUUAUUAUUUCCCUCAAAGAAAGAAAUCAGAUGUUUUUUUUGCCUUAAUAAAAUGUUAGCCUGUGCUGUUUACAUUGUAAAAGUGAGUUAAACAAGCCAAUUUCUAUGUGAACUCUGUUGGGUUUUUAGUUGGAAUCUUUGUAUUGUGUUCAAUGUUUUUUUUUUAUUAUUAAAUAAUCCUUGUCUAAUUACGGUGUAAUCCUUCAUUAGUAGGCUAGUCGGUAUUAUCCAGGAGACAAGGUGAAGCAGGGCGCCCUAUUUUUAACCCAAAGAUUAAUCAGGGAUUGAGGCUUUAAGAUGCCACUAGUAAAACACACCACAAAUAGCCGUCAGUGUGUCAAAAAACUUACUAUUCUCAACCUGGUUAAAGCUGUGAAGUAGUUCAAGACGGGUAGUAUCGUUUGUACAAGACCAUUACCACUGUUUUGCAAACAUAGUUAUCCGACUAUG